AGGCAGGGGGGAGCCCGAGGGGAAGCAGAGAUCGCGAGCGAGGCAGCAGCCCGCAGCCCGCCCCCAGCACAUCUUCAGACGCGCAGACACUCGGCGAGGCGCUGGGCGAGGUGGAGGUGAAGGCGGGCGCGAGCGAACUCGGAGAGGGGCUCGCUCGCUCCCAGGCGAUCCGAGCCGCCUCCGCCGCACCGCCAGCAGCUCCGGCAACCGCACCAGCACCGGCAGCUUCCUUCCUCAGACUCCCCUCGUGAGGCUGGUCGAGCGGGUGUAGCCGUUGGGGGAGGAUCCCGCUAGGGGAACCCGGCGAGGGCGAGAGCCGGGCGGCCGCCUCCCACCCGGGCUGUCCGGCGGUGGGUGCCUCCGCCCUCUCGUGGGUCCCGGGUGCCGGGGGAUGUGUGUCAGUUUACGCCUCUGAGAUCACACAGCUGCCUGGGGCCGUGUGAUGCCUAAGGCAAGUCUUGGCUUUUAUUUUUAUUAUAAUUUUUUUUUUACGCUUGGCUUUCGGGAAAUAUUCGUGAUGUUGUAGGAUAAAGGAAAUGAUACUUUGAGGAACUGGAGAGGACAUAGAUCCGUUUUGUGUUUGAGAGAAGAGAACCGUCCCCUCUUCCCGGCUAGCUCCCUCUUGGCUGAUUUCAAGAGCGACCGACCCUCCUCCCCGUGAGGUGGGGAUCCAGCAAGGAUAAAGGUGAAGACGGGCCGCCGGGGCCCAGGAGGGAGACGCUGACCACUAGAAUCCUCUGCAGAAGACACUGUGAGGAAGACCACAAGAGCGAGAAAAACACAAAGACUUACAAUUAUACAAGUCCACACAUCCAGCCCUGGAGAGAGCCUCUUUCUCCAAAAUGGAUAUGUUUCCUCUCACCUGGGUUUUCUUAGCUCUCUACUUUUCAGGACGCGGAGUGAGAGGCCAACCAGACCCACCCUGUGGCGGUCGUUUGAAUUCCAAAGAUGCUGGCUACAUCACCUCGCCAGGUUACCCCCAGGACUACCCGUCCCACCAGAACUGCGAGUGGAUUGUUUACGCGCCCGAACCCAACCAGAAGAUUGUCCUCAACUUCAACCCGCACUUUGAAAUCGAGAAGCAUGACUGCAAGUAUGACUUCAUCGAGAUCCGGGAUGGGGACAGUGAGUCUGCAGACCUCCUGGGGAAGCACUGCGGGAACAUCGCUCCGCCCACCAUCAUCUCCUCGGGCUCCGUGCUCUACAUCAAGUUCACCUCCGACUACGCCCGGCAGGGUGCGGGCUUCUCCCUACGCUACGAGAUCUUCAAGACAGGCUCCGAAGAUUGUUCGAAAAACUUCACAAGCCCCAACGGGACCAUCGAGUCCCCCGGGUUCCCCGAGAAGUACCCACACAACCUGGACUGCACCUUCACCAUCCUGGCCAAACCCAAGAUGGAGAUCGUCCUGCAAUUUCUGACCUUUGACCUGGAGCACGACCCCUUGCAGGUGGGAGAGGGAGACUGCAAGUACGACUGGCUGGACAUCUGGGACGGCAUCCCGCAUGUGGGUCCCCUGAUCGGCAAGUACUGCGGGACCAAGACACCCUCUGAACUACGUUCGUCGACAGGGAUCCUCUCUCUGACCUUUCACACGGACAUGGCGGUGGCCAAGGAUGGCUUCUCUGCCCGCUACUACCUGGUCCACCAAGAACCGCUAGAGAACUUUCAGUGCAAUGUUCCCCUGGGAAUGGAGUCCGGCAGGAUUGCUAACGAGCAGAUCAGUGCCUCCUCUACCUACUCUGACGGGAGGUGGAGACCUCAGCAAAGCCGGCUCCAUGGUGAUGACAACGGCUGGACGCCCAACUUGGAUUCCAACAAGGAGUAUCUCCAGGUGGACCUGCGCUUUCUCACCAUGCUCACGGCCAUUGCAACGCAGGGGGCGAUUUCCAGGGAGACCCAGAAUGGCUAUUAUGUCAAAUCCUACAAGCUGGAAGUCAGUACUAAUGGUGAAGACUGGAUGGUGUACCGGCAUGGCAAAAACCACAAGGUGUUCCAGGGCAACAGCGACCCCACGGAGGUGGUUCUGAACAGGCUGCACACGCCGCUGCUCACGAGGUUCGUCAGGGUCCGCCCUCAGACCUGGCACGCGGGCAUCGCCCUCCGGCUGGAGCUCUUCGGCUGCCGGGUCACAGACGCCCCCUGCUCCAACAUGCUGGGCAUGCUCUCGGGCCUCAUCACGGACGCGCAGAUCUCCGCCUCCUCCACCCGCGAGUACCUCUGGAGCCCCAGCGCCGCCCGCCUGGUCAGCAGCCGCUCCGGCUGGUUCCCCCGGAUCCCUCAGGCCCAGCCGGGUGAGGAGUGGCUGCAGGUGGACCUGGGAGCGCCCAAGACGGUGAAAGGCGUCAUCGUCCAGGGGGCGCGAGGAGGAGACAGCAUCACUGCGGUGGAGGCCAGGGCGUUUGUGCGCAAGUUCAAAGUCUCUUACAGCCUGAACGGCAAGGACUGGGAAUACAUCCAGGACCCCAGGACCCAGCAGCCAAAGCUGUUUGAAGGGAACAUGCACUACGACACCCCUGACAUCCGAAGGUUCGACCCUGUCCCUGCGCAGUACGUGCGGGUGUACCCCGAGAGGUGGUCACCAGCGGGAAUCGGGAUGCGGCUGGAGGUGCUUGGCUGUGACUGGACAGAUGCCAAGCCCACCGUGGAGACACUGGGACCCACCGUGAGGAGCGAAGAGACCACCACCCCGUAUCCCAUUGACGAGGAGGCCACGGAGUGCGGGGAGAACUGCAGCUUUGAGGACGACAAAGAUUUGCAGCUCCCUUCAGGAUUCAACUGCAACUUCGAUUUCCCCGAGGAGGCCUGCGGCUGGAUCUACGACCACGCCAAGUGGCUCCGGAGCACCUGGGCCGGCAGCACCAGCCCCAACGACCGCACGUUCCCAGAUGACAGAAACUUCUUGCGGCUGCAGAGCGACGGGCGGAGAGAAGGCCAGUACGCGCGGCUCAUCAGCCCGCCCGUGCACCUGCCCCAAAGCCCCGUGUGCAUGGAGUUCCAGUACCAGGCCACGGGCGGCCGCGGGGUGGCGCUGCAGGUGGUGCGCGAAGCCAGCCAGGAGAGCAAGCUCCUCUGGGUCAUCCGCGAGGACCAGGGCAGCGAGUGGAAGCACGGGCGCAUCAUCUUGCCCAGCUACGACAUGGAGUAUCAGAUUGUGUUCGAGGGCGUCAUCGGAAAAGGACGUUCCGGAGAAAUCGCCAUCGAUGACAUCCGGAUAAGCACCGACGUCCCGCUGGAGAACUGCAUGGAACCCAUCUCAGCUUUUGCAGGUGAGAAUUUUAAAGGGGGCACCCUCCUACCAGGGACCGAGCCCACAGUGGACACGGUGCCCGUGCAGCCCAUCCCAGCCUACUGGUAUUACGUUAUGGCCGCCGGGGGUGCCGUGCUGGUGCUGGUCUCCGUCGCGCUGGCCCUGGUGCUCCACUACCACCGGUUCCGCUAUGCGGCCAAGAAGACCGAUCACUCCAUCACCUACAAAACCUCCCACUACACCAACGGGGCCCCUCUGGCGGUGGAGCCCACCCUAACCAUUAAGCUAGAGCAAGACCGCCCCUCGCACUGCUGAGGCCGAAGCAAGGACAGCACCCAAAACAAACAAGAAAGACUGCAAACACGUUGCCUCGAUUUUGCACUUUUUUCUCCUCGCCUAGUCUCUGUGUGAACCCUCAGACAUCUCUCUCUUGGGGCCCAAACCCUGUGCACUCUUAUCCAUCCUGACCAUUAUUCUUCAGUUCUGUUUUUGUUUUUGUGUUUUUUGGUCCUUUUGUUGAUUCCAAUCCAACCAACCAACCAACCAACCCCAACUCUAAUGUUGCAUCUUGGACUGGAGAAGAGAUACACCCCUAAGCACUUCACAGCUCAAGGCUCAGCUGGUUUCCUUCCAGAGACUGGUUCCCUGACGUCCCCUUGCCUUACCCCCUCCCCCCUCCCGGUGGACCGGAGGGGAGCCCUGGAUCUGUGUUUGUACAUAGUAUACAUUCUGCGCGUGUGAGUAGCUCUGUGUGUGUGUGGGUGUGAGAGAGACCGGUUCAUUGUCGGGGUGGGGAGGGGGGGGAGUGUGUGGGUGUGUUCAGAGAGGGCCCCCUUUAACUAUUGUGUUACUUCUCCGGGGGGUACAUUUUAUGAGAAAAUAAUAUACUGUCCUAGUUUUGUUUACUUGGAGAAGAGGUUGAAGCUUUUUGUUGCCUUAUCUAGCUCUGGCUGGCUUUCUGUUGGCUACCAUUGUCAUCUCCGGGUACCUAAAAACCUAGAGGCCACAUGGACCGAAAGGUGGCCCCUCCCAUCCCCAUCCAAAAACCCCAUUCCUCACCCCCCUGCCCCGAGAGGAAGGUUCCCCACGCACUCAGACGUGAACCCCUGUCAUGUCUCCUGGUGUCUUUGAAGUAACAAGACAACAGCCAUUGGGUGCGAGCGGAACCACCUCUGCUUCCAGCCCUGAAGCAGAUCUGUCUCAUGUUGCCUUACAAAGAGAAGCUCAUAAUGAAUGUUUAGCUGUUAUCAGUUAAGUCCAAUCUUGGAGUAAGUCAUAGAGAGUGACGGACCUGAGACUGAUGUAGGGAAAGCAGUAGCUUGUUGAGAGCAGGAGGAGGUGGGGGAGAGAAGGCGGAAGAAGGAGGGACUGAAAUGUUCUCUUUAAGUCGCCUCACCCGAGAGGAACCCUUGUGCCCAACCUUAAGGGGAGUUGAGUAAGGUGGUUACGAACCAUAUCCCUUGGUAUUCUAUCGGCCACUGUAAUAGCGUUUGUAAAAUAUGGGGGAAAGGGAUCAUUUGCUUUCUUUCAUGGUGUUGAUGUGUGCCUGAACCUAUAGCCACUAAUAUAUAAGGCUGUCCACCUGACUUAUUUGAAUAUGAUGAGAGAAUAAAGAGUAAUCAUUUUGUAAACGUACCAAUGUGCUACCCCUUAAAGCAUGUGUAGCAUCUGGCAAGUCCACCCUCCUAGGCUGGCCUGGCAUUUCCAGAUGUUGCCUCAUGGUCAGGAGAAGGUGUAAUGAAGAUAAAUCCGUUGCUGCCCAUUUGUCCUCUAAGCAACAGGGAAAGGGAUGUUGGAGGUAAACAGCCCAAUGAUAGUGUAUACAAAGGAUAGAUUCAAUAAUGAAGUCAAUUCCAUUGAUAGAAAAUGCAUAUUUUAACGAGAUUCACAGCUACUGGGGCCCCGCCUUGGGGGUGUUUAUUUCUCACCUUCCUGCUAGGAAUCCCCUGGGGAAAUAUGACAUUCUUUCCAAAGAAGGUUUGCCUGGGCUCAAAGCUUCAGGGACCUUCUGAGAACAAAACACUAAUGAUAGAUUUUUAUUUUCGGCUGCUUGGGAGAGACUUUCCAACAUUCUUUCAGAAUAUCCACAUCACUCCCUCUAGCACACGCUCACUUUCGCAUCUGGUUUGUUUCAUCCUUCUGAAAGAAUGGUGCUCUCCCACUCUUAUUCUAUUUCAAAGAGCGACUCUGUCUCAACCACAGCAGCCCUGCCAAGAAAAGGAAAGAUGAAAGGCUAGAGUAGGAGCCACCUUGAGAUUUCAAGAAGAAUCCUAGCCCAGCCGAAGAUUGCAGAGAGAAGCAGGGAGCGGGAGGAGGGGCAGGAGCCCAGGAUGCCCUGUGAUGACUUCCAUGCCAGACACUAAGGGCUUUUAUCGCAGGUGUCCACAUCCAGUCUGCAUUUGGGGCCAGGCAUUCCCUGGAAAUGAUUGGCACCCCUGUUGGAGCCCCCUGGAGCUGUGUCAGGAAAUUACACCUGGAAAAUCCAGCCAGUGUAGCAACUGUUGGAGUUACCAUAUACCCUUCAGGAUUUCCCUUCUUUAAAAGAAGACAACAACCUUUGUGAAUUUGCUGUAUCUUUAUCUGAUGCCCCUUGUGGCAUCAUCAUUAUGUACACGCCAUAGUUGAGGAUAUGAGGCUGCUCAAAUCUUUGUGAAUCCCAUGAUGCACUUCAGCUGGGGUUGUCAUUCCAUUCUCUCUCUCUCUCUCUCUCUCUCUCUCUCUCUCUCUCUCAGCCCCAGCAACUUUCAUAGUAUUACCCAGGUACUAUGCUAAAAGGGCAGCUCUUCUACAAAAUCAUGCCUUGCAGCUUUAAAAAGCAAAAUUCUGUAUUUCAUAGAGGGAGAGAGGGUCGCUCUCGCCUAAGAAAAAUAGAUUGGACAGGUGACUGCAUGCGUGCAUGUGUUUAGAGUUGCUUCAAAGAAGACAAAGAGGUAAUAGCAACUAAGAAAAUAUAAAUGAAUGAAUGAAUGAAUUGAAGGUCUAGCUCGGGCUGCUAAAGUUUUUGCCUUAGUAGAGGUUUCAUAUCAACAGACCCAGGAAGGAAGCCCUGAUCUCUGGGUGAAAAUCCCUUCCUUGACAUUGUGCUGCCAAUUGCUGUCCCCUAAUUGCUGGCAAAGGCAGAAAAAAAAAUCAUAUCAUUGCCAUUAACCAAACAGGAUGCUUAAAAUAAAGUAAAAUUGUCCUUUCCGUUGUCCCACAAUUUAGUGAUUAAAGCCACAUUAGGAUAGGAAAUUAAGUCAUGUUUCUGAGGUUGCUACCCCAUCUUGAAAAGGACCCUGUCUUGAAAAUGAAACUAGCAGGCAAGCAAACACCUAAAUAAUCGAAAAUUACCAAAGAACAACAAGAAAACAAAACAACGAGAAAACGUAAACAUUUUAACUUCCUGUUCUGAUCCCCUCUCCCUAUAGCUGUGACAACUCUUGCAUUGCUCAGUUGCCUGUGUGUCAAAAUCACUUGUGGACAUUGGAAACUAUUUGAAAAUGUAUUGUUGUGGAAUGUAAUAAAAUGAUAAUAUUUUUUAUACAAA